AUGGCAGAAUAUUUCACUGAACGUCAGUUAAGGUAUAAGAGGAGAGAAGCUUUACAGGAAGAGAUAGAAAGAUUGCAGAAGGAAAAAGCAGAGUAUGAUAAGGAGGAACAAAUGAAAUUAAUUCAAAGACAAAGACAAAUGUUGUUAUUGCAAAGAGAAAAAGAGACAUCAAUAAGGAGAAUGCACACAUCCAAUGAUGAUAGAGAAGAGAGUUCUUAUUACCCAGAUGAGGUAGAAUAUAGUGAAAUGGAAGAGGUUCAAAAUGAACAAGAUCCUAGAAAUGGUUCGUUUUGUACAUUGGAUGAGACUGGAUAUUUUGAUCAAGAAUCUCCAAGAAAAUCUCCAGUUUGUGAAACUCAAAUAGAAAACGAUGCAGAAUCGUCCUUAGACUUAUCUGCUGAAAUAGAUGCGCUGGACCAAAGAUUAACAGAGUUACAUGAAGAGGACGCCGAAAGAGGUGAAGAAAUGGAUGUCGUCGGGAAUGAUAAUAACUCAAAUAGAAACAGAACACCAAUAAAGAGGGUAACCAUAAACACUGACCCCUGUGAAACAUUAUACCAUAGACAAACAUCAAGAAGGCAAAUGAUACAGUCUGAAAGAAGAGAACACCAUACAAACACGAAGGAGAAGGAGAUAACAACACCUGCUAGACGGUAUCACUAUAGAAUAACCCCUGAAGAGGAAACGAUAGUUUCGGUUAAAGGAACAGACAGAGUGAAAUAUGAAGAUACUAGUGCAAAUCCUGAUGGAAUUAGUGACAGUGAGAUAUUAGAAUACCAAAACAGCAUAAAGCAGAUUGAAGCAGAAAGAAGACGUUUAGAUCAGUUGAAAGCUGAGCAUGAAAAACAGAUCCAACAAAUGAUUGAGAAGAAUAAACAAUUAAGUCUACAGAAAGAAAGAAAACGAAAAGAAGAGGAAAUGUUAUUAAGAAGUAUUCAGUUACUGGAACUGAAAGAGAAAGAAGUAGAUGAAAAAGUAAAAGAGAGUGAAAAACUUAAAUCCUUAUUUGACGAAUCGGUUGCAGGAGAAUUAGCCAUGGACAAGAGAAUUAAAAUUUUAAAAUUGAAAGAAAAUGAGACAAUAAAGAGAAUAGCUCAGAAAGAAUCCAAGAAAACAGAUAAACCGGUUACAGAUAAAACAGAACAUAAAGUAGAGACACUUACAAUUGAAAAGGCAUUACUUGGAAAGCCAUAUUUACCCGCCUUUGAAGGAAAGAAUUAUGAAGAUUGGAAAAUGGAAGUGUCAUGUUUAAUAAAGUCUAAGAUGUAUCAAGAGAAAGUUCUAGCACAAGCAAUAAGGAAUUCAUUGAAAGGACAGACAAGAAAGAUACUGUUAUCAAUGAAUCCAACAGCAUCAACAAGUGAACUGAUGGAAAAAUUGGAAGAAGUAUAUGGAAGUUUAAAAGAAUCAGACACUCUUCUCCAAGACUUCUUUUCUGCAUGGCAAAACCCAACAGAAUCAAGUUCAGAUUGGGGCAUUAGAAUUGAAAAUCUGUUCCAAAGAGUUGUUGAAAAAGGUGAUGUCGACGAGCUGAAUCGAAACGACAUGUUGAAGAGAAAAUUUUGGAAAGGUUUACAGUCAGAAAAAUUAAAAGAAGCACUGAGAGUAUCAUUUGAAUCAAAAGAUACAUUUGAAAUGUUGAGAAAGAAAGCACGGCGAGAAGAAGAAGAAAUUGAAACAAGGAAGAAGAAAGAUAACACGACAGUGCCAGAAUACACAGAGGGUGUAAAGUCUACAAUUCAGCAGCCAGUUAGAACAAACACAGAAACUGAUGCAAAGCUUGAUAAACUUUUAGACAGAAUGAAGGAGCUGGAAGAUCAGAUGAAAACUAUGAAAGUACAAAAGCAAUAUGGUCCACCGAACUUCUUACAAAAUAGAACACCAAACAGAUAUAUGAGUAAUAGAAGGCCAAAAGGGAGAUUUGGUUAUAGGAAUCAAGGUGUCAGAGGACAAAGAGGAAUAGGUAGAGGAAACGACCAUUCAAAGCAAAGUCAAGCAAAAGAUGAAAGUGAACAGAACCAGAAAGCAGACCAAAGUAAGAAACCAUCUUUAAACCAGUAA